AUGAUUUUUGAAAAUUUUAAAAAUGGUACAUCAAAUCGUCGAUCCGGGUCUUCUGAGCAACAAAAUAUGAUUAUUAAUCGUUUACUGAAUCAAAUUGUUCGAGUUCUUGCUCAAAAUGAACGGCUUCUACAAGAAAAUCAUAAUCUUGUUCGACAUCUUUUGCAACAGGACCAACGAUCACCAUUAAUGUCAAUUCCUGCUUUGUCAUCCGCACAACAGUCGUUUGUACAUCAACCUUCAUUUCUACCACAAUCGAAAGAAACCGAAAAACAUAUUCCAAAUCCAACGUCUACACCAAAAAUCGAAAGAAAAAAAGUAAAUAAGGUAAAGUAAAUAAAAUAUUUACUAUUUACUUUAGUAAAGUAAAGAAACUAUUUACUAUUUACCUUAGUAAAGUAAAUUAAUUAUUUAGUAUUUACUUUUGUAAAGUAAAUAUAUUUACUAGUAAAUAUAAAAAUGUAAUUCAUAUUUCUCG